AUGUCUGCACCUUCUGAUGCCCUUGUGGACCCAAAAAAGGGUUCAUCAAGCGCCGAAGUUGACAUUGUCAACUACAGUGUAGAUGGUGUUUAUCUUGUGGGUUACAAUCAGUACAGCUUCGUUCUCAGUAAUGGUGUCAAAAUGUAUGGCCCUGUUGCAGCUUUCCCAAGGAAUGUGUUUUCAUGGAAUGUCACCUCUCCCAUGGAUAUAAAUGAAGAAUCUCUGUCUCUUUUCUUUGCGUUGGAGCCUAAACUCGAUAUUCUUCUUAUUGGUAAAGGGUCCGCCACUGAGAAGAUCGACCAUCAGGGAAUUCUAAGGUGCUGUUGGAAACACAAUGUUAACGUCGAAAUUUACCCUACACCAACGGCGAUCGGCACCUUCAAUUUUCUGAAUGCGGAAGAGCGUUAUGUUGCUGCUGCACUCAUUCCGCCCAUACGUUUGGACGUCUUCGAUUCUGACAGACGAAUGCUGAAGCAACUCGCAGAUGGACGGGAAUUGAGACAGGCUAUCGCCGAGACAUCCAUAUCAGGGUUACGUCAGUUACCCCCUGAACGGAAGAAACUAAUUUCCUCUGAGGAGGCUCCCCCCUUGGAACCUCCCACAUCCCAUAAAUCGGGGAAGGGGUAG